AUGUGCCCCAAGGGCUCCUACUCCAGCGGCAUCAGCUUCAAGGUAGAGGCAUCCCAGGGGGUCAUGGAGGACGACACAGGGCUCAACGGGAUUCGGCUGCACUGCUCCCGUGGCAGGGACCCCAGUGGUGGCUACACAGCCGAGUCCCAGAGCGGCAGGUGGGGCCACUGGUCAGAGGCCUGCUGGUGCCCGCACCGAGGGUGGCUGGCGGCUGGGGGCUUCGCGCUGCAGGUCCAGGUGCCCCAGUGUGGGCUCCUGAGCGAUGAAGUGACCGCCACCAGCGCCUGCUUUGCCUGCUCUGACAGUCACAUCCUGGAGGGGCCGGGGUCCGCCUGGAGCCAGUGGGGUGGCUGGAGCCCCCAGUGCCCCAGGGCAGUGUGCGGCAUCCAGAUGCGGCAGGAUCCUGCGCGGGGGCUGAAGAGGGACAACACAGCCGUGAGUAAUCUGUGUCUCUUCUGCUGCCUGUAA